UCCAUCUUUCGAUUCGGUAAUCCAAAUCCAAGCAAUAGAAGGAAAAAACGGAUAGAGAAGGGAGAUUGGUAGGCUUCAACUUAAGGAAUGGCGUUGGCGACGGCUAUACCUAACUUUUCCAUACAAGGCCUGUCCAAUUUACCUCCGCCCAAAACUUUCAUAUCCCAAUCCCCGAUUGUCUUCAGAAACCUUAGAACGCCGACCUUUUCUUCACCAUUCUACUCUAUUCACAAGCCCCAAAUCCACCUCCAUAACGCGCUCUUCUCCGUGGACCUUUCAAAGGAUGACAAGCCUCUCUCCAAUGAUCCUCUAUCGCAGUCGGAUCCUGCCGCGACUGACUACAAGGAGAACGUAGAGGAGAAGUUCGACCGGAGGCGUUUGGACGAGCGAUUAGCCGUGAUGAAUACAGGGAUCUACGAGUGCCGAUCGUGCGGUUACCGCUACGACGAGGCUGUUGGCGAUCCUUCGUACCCGAUCCCGCCUGGUUUUCGAUUCGAGAAGCUUCCGGAGGACUGGCGGUGCUCGACUUGCGGAGCUGCGAAGUCUUUCUUCGAGAGCAAGAGCGUGGAGAUUGCAGGAUUUGAGCAGAACCAAAAUUUUGGGUUUGGGGCGAACACGCUCACCGGAGGCCAGAAAGCCUUGCUGAUAUAUGGGAGCCUGCUACUGGCAUUUGCUCUCUUUCUCUCUGGAUACUUCUUGCAAUGAGGUUUGGUAAGGAUGGAGAGAACUUUUAUGUAUGCUUUUUCUAGCAUAUGCUUUCAUUGACUGUAUUUCUAUUCGUAAAUGAGGUUGCUUGUAAAUAGAGACCAGAUUGGAGAGAACAUAUUUAAUGAUUGCAGGGUAGAAUCUCUUUUGUUUUUGUACUA